AUGCUACACCACAUGACCAAAACGGUAGCAGGGGUGAACCUGGAGGGGGAGCUGUUUAAGGACCUGAUGAGAGGCUACAACAAGAACGUCCGGCCCAUGGAGAAGAGUGGUGACAUCACACAGGUCACCGUCAAGAUGACUCUCACCAACCUUAUUUCCCUGAAUGAAAAGGAAGAAGCCCUUACAACCAGCGUCUGGAUUGAAAUGAAAUGGUGUGACUACAGGCUGAGGUGGGACCAACCUCCCAGGUCUAUCCUGUACGGAAACCUCACCUCCCAGAUGAGGAUCCCAUCCAAGAGCAUCUGGCUGCCUGACAUCAUCCUGGAGAACAAUGUAGACGGAAAGUUUGAGAUAGCCAUGUACUGUAAUGCCCUGGUGUCUCCUGGUGGCUGUGUGUACUGGCUGCCUCCUGCCAUCUAUCGCAGCGCCUGCUCCAUCACCGUCAACUACUUCCCCUUCGACUGGCAGAACUGCACCAUGGUGUUCCGUUCCCAGACCUACAACGCUAACGAGAUAGAACUAGUUCUCACAGAGGAGGACAACCAGCCUGUGGAGUGGGUGGUGAUCGACCCCGAGGCUUUUACAGAGAAUGGGGAGUGGAUCAUCAAACACAGGCCUGCUAAGAAGCUGAUUAACCAGCGCUACACUAAAGAUGAGUUAGAGUACCAGGAAGUGGUGUUCUUCCUGAUGAUCCAGAGGAAACCUCUGUUCUACGUCAUCAACAUCAUCGUUCCCUGUGUCCUCAUCUCAUCCCUGGGCCUGCUCGUCUACUUCCUGCCUGCCAAAGCUGGGGGUCAGAAGUGCACCGUGUCCAUCAUGAUUCUCCUGGCCCAGACUGUCUUCCUCAUCCUCAUAGCCAACAAGGUUCCAGAAACCUCCCAGACUGUUCCUCUUAUCGGAAAGUACCUGAUGUUUGUCAUGUCCGUGACCACCAUCAUAGUAAUGAACUGUGUCAUCGUGCUGAACCUGUCUCUAAGGUCCCCCAAUACACACAUCAUGAACAAUAAAGUCAGGAAGGUCCUGUUGAACAUCCUGCCUCGGCUGUUGAGGAUGCAGAUGCGACCUUGGACACCGUCUGAGGACUGUGACUUCAGUGAUGGAACCGGUAAUGGUCACAGUUACAGCACCGACAGUGGGAGUAACAUAUUUCUAGUCCCCUGCCGGCGCCGCAGCUCCCUAGGACUCAUCAUCAAGGCAGAAGAAUACGUCAUGAAGACGGCCCGGUCUGAACUCAUGUUCUCCAGGCUCAGAGAGAGAGACGGCCUCAUGAAAUCUGCACUGGAGAAGAUCUAUAACAGUCUUGAGGGGGGUACGGCACAGGAUCUGGGGACCAGCCUGGCCCAGGCCUCACCGGAGGUGCGCCAGUGUGUGGAAUCCUGCAAACAUAUUGCCAAGAGUGCCAGGCAACAAAACAACUUUGAGAAUGAGAAUGAGGAGUGGUUCCUGGUUGGCCGGGUGAUUGACAGGGUGUGCUUCAUCGCCAUGGCGCUGUCGUUCUUCAUGGGCACCAUCGGAAUCUUCCUGAUGGGGCAUUUCAACCAGCCCCCCUCCGUACCUUUCCCUGGUGAUCCCAGGAAGUACCUUCCUCCGUUAGGGAAUAACAUCACCGAUCUCUCUGGGAAUGACAUUGGUGAAAAUCUACUGGGUUGA